AUGUUCCGCCUGUCGGUCGCACUCCUGGCGUCGAUGCUGGCGCUGGGCGCGGCAGCGAAGCCGACGCAUCUGGUGGUGCCUCCUCGCAUCCCGCGGGACGUCCGGCUGGGGAAGCCUCUUGGUGGGAGAGUGUUGGCCAAGAGGGACGCCAACGCCAACGCCUCGUUCCCGCUCGACUGGCAGGCCAAGGGCGAGACGCUAUUCUCAGGGAAGUGGGAGGCAUUCUCGCUGUCACUGGAGUGCGUCGACUGCCCGACGCGCGGCGAGAUCGUGGCCUCGACCUCGUUUCCGGACGGCUUCGCCGACGUCCUGGACGACGUCACGGAUGGUCUGGAUCUGUUCGACGAGGCUGAGCUGGCGAUUGCUUUCUAUGGUGUUGGUGCUAGGAUUGAGCUGGGUCUCACUGCGUCUGCCUCGGGCGAGUUUGCGCUGCCGUUGUUCAAGUCGGAGAGUCCGAUUGGGGUUGCUGGCCCCGGGUUCCAAGUCGGCGUCGUCUUCUCCGUGGAUCUGGUGCUGGGCAUCAAGGGGCAGGUCGAGACGACGGGCGGGUUCGAGGUAUCGAUUCCGGACGUCUCGUCUUUCACCAUGCCCCUUGAUACGAGCAAGGAGAAUACUGCGAACUUCGACGGCGCCAUGGCCUCCCUCCUCCCCCUGAGCGCCACCGUCCCCGCCAACGUAACGCUCGCACUGCGCCUGCGCGUCCAGGCCGGGAUAGACCUCCCCAGCAUCGCCGCCUUCGACACAACAGGCUCUCGCGGGCGCCUACAUCAACAUACCGCAGGUGACGCUCUCGGCGAGCAGCUCGCGUUUGGUAGUGGCGGCAACGACACGACGACGUGCGUGCCAGCCUUUGCCGAGUUUAACAUCAACGCGGGCGUGUUCGUCGACGUCGGCGCCGACGUGGCUGGCGUCGACCUCGUCGACUUCAACCCCGCGGCGAGUACCAUGCUGUUCGAGGCCGUGGCUUCGACGUGUUUUGGGGGACUUGGGGAGGCGACAACGACGGCGAUGACGACAACGGGGGUGCCCUGCCCCACGGCUCUUGUUACUGAGACGCAGUCGGCGAUGGCUACGUACAGCAUCACGAGCUGCGCGGCUGCACUCGUGAAUUGUCCUGCUAGCAUGGCGCAGGUAGUUGUUGUGGAGGAGCCGACGGUAAGGACGGUGGUGAGCUGUCCUACCGCUGCUGGUUCUGCGUCUGUGUCUGUGGCUGCGCCGCUGUAUCCGACCAUGGGCGCGCCGUAUGGUAAUACGACUACGACUACGGCUAUGGCAUACACUACGCCCGCGACGGGUGCGGGUGCGGGUGCUGUGGUCUCGCUUACGCGGUUGACGGCGCCUGUUACGGAGACGUUGAGUAUUGCGCCUACGGUUACGACGCCGGCUGUGGCGACUAUUACGGCGUCGGCUUUGGGUGGUUUUGAGACUGUUACUGGUGGUGCAUCUGUCACUGGUGUCGAGUCUGUCACUGAUGUCACGUCUGACACGGGUGUCGAGAGCGAGGUUGUGACUACGGCUGUUGUCACGGCGGCAUCCACCAGUAUGAUCUACUCGACUGUGACUGUCACUGCUGGUGAUUGCACGUGCUCUGCUUGA